AAAUACCGGCAUCUUUGUCAUUUCUAGAUAAUACCUUCAUCAUCUUAUUCUUCAUCUUCAGAGUCUCAACAUGAGUGGAGAUCAUGUACAUAAACGCCAUCAGAUGGAGUCCGGGUCUGUGGACUACAAUUCACACAAACACAAGGACAAACAUAAAGACAGGGACCACAAGAGAGAGCGGGACAACUCAAAGAACGGCAACAGCGAACACAGAAGCUCUUCAGAGAAGCAUCGAGAGAAAGAAAAAGUCCAACUUAAGCAUAAAGAAAAGCGAAAAGAAGAAAAGUUCCACAGUUCUGAUGGGAAAUAUGGAGAUGAAGAGAAUGGCUUUGUAAGCCCACCGUCAAUUAAAGUGGAAGAGGAUAAUGGCUAUCAUCACUCCAUCAAACAUGAGAAGUCACUCAAGAGAGAGCGGGAUGAAGACGAUUGUAAACACAAGCCCAAAAAGGUAAAAGUGGAGGAUGAGAAGAAAGUGAAAAAACGUAAACAGGAGGACGAUAGUGAUUAUGAGGAGAGGGAGGAAAGGAAACCAAAGAGGACGAAAGAGGAAAAGAAAGACACCACUGGAGGGAAAAAGAAAGCCAAAAACGAGCCGGAGGAGAAGUGGAAGUGGUGGGAAGAGGAGAGACACACAGAUGGCUCCAAGUGGAAGUUUCUGGAGCAUAAAGGUCCUGUGUUCCCCCCGCCAUAUGAACCCCUGCCAGGCCAUAUCAGGUUUUAUUAUGAUGAAAAGGCCAUGAAAUUGAGCCCAGGUGCAGAGGAAGUGGCCACGUUUUAUGCAAAAAUGAUUGACCAUGAGUACACAACUAAAGACAUAUUUAGAAAGAACUUCUUCAAAGAUUGGAGGAAGGAAAUGACAUCAGAGGAGAAGUCAAAGAUCACUGAGCUGAAGAAAUGUGACUUCACUGAGAUGCACGAAUACUUUAAAGCACAAUCUGAGGCCAGAAAACAGAUGUCAAAAGAGGAGAAACAGAAAACCAAAGAGGAGAACGAACGGAUUCUGCAGGAGUAUGGAUUCUGUGUUAUGGACAACCACAGGGAGCGGAUCGGCAACUUCCGGAUCGAGCCUCCAGGUCUGUUCAGAGGACGCGGGGACCAUCCUAAGAUGGGCAAACUGAAACGCCGCAUCCGACCCGAGGACAUCAUCAUCAACUGCAGCAAAGAUUCGGUUCACCCCAGACCCCCCCCGGGCACCAGGUGGAAGGAAGUUCGUCAUGACAACAAAGUCACAUGGCUGGUGUCGUGGACGGAGAACAUCCAGGGCUCCAUCAAAUACAUCAUGCUCAACCCCAGCUCCAGAAUCAAGGGAGAGAAGGACUGGCAGAAGUACGAGACGGCGCGCCGCCUGAAGAAGUGUGUGGAGCGGAUCCGAGCGCAGUACCGGGAGGACUGGAGGAGUAAAGAGAUGAGGAUCAGGCAGAGAGCCGUCGCACUUUACUUCAUUGACAAGCUGGCUCUGAGGGCUGGUAAUGAGAAGGACGAGGGCGAGACGGCUGAUACGGUGGGCUGCUGCUCUCUGCGCGUCGAGCACAUCAAGCUCUACCCUCAGCUCGAGCGGCAGGACUUCGUGGUGGAGUUCGACUUCCUGGGGAAAGACUCCAUCCGUUACUACAACACAAUCCCCGUGGAGAAAAGAGUCUUUAAAAACCUACAGUUAUUUCUUGAAAACAAGCAGUCGGAAGACGAUCUGUUUGACCGGCUCAACACAUCAAUCCUGAAUAAACAUCUCCAGGAGUUGAUGGAUGGGUUGACGGCGAAAGUGUUUCGCACUUACAACGCGUCCAUUACCCUCCAACAGCAGCUCAAAGAACUGACCAGCCCUGAUGAGAACAUCCCUGAGAAGAUCCUGUCGUAUAACAGAGCGAACCGAGCCGUGGCUCUUCUCUGUAACCACCAGAGGGCGCCGCCCAAAACCUUUGAGAAAUCCAUGCAGAAUUUGCAGAUCAAGAUAGACGAGAAAAAGAAACAGCUCUCUGCUGCCAAGAAGGAGCAUAAAGCAGCCAAAGCCGACGCCAAGACGCUUCGCGAUGAGAAAAGUAAAAAGGCGGUGGAGAUGAAGAAGAAAGCAGUGGAGAGGAUCUCCGAACAGCUCCUGAAGCUGGAGGUUCAGGCCACAGACCGCGAGGAGAAUAAACAGAUCGCAUUAGGCACGUCUAAACUCAACUACCUGGACCCACGCAUCUCAGUCGCCUGGUGCAAGAAAUGGAGAGUCUCCAUUGAGAAGAUCUACAACAAAACGCAGCGAGAGAAGUUUGCCUGGGCUAUCGACAUGGCAGAUGAGGACUUUGAGUUUUAGAGGUUAUUUUAUAUUGUUGAUGAAUUGUCCAUAAAAGGUGUUUAUCACGAUUUAAUCAUAUUGUUGCUUGUGAUUUGAUCAGUUAAAGGGUUAGUUCACCCCAAAAUGUAA